GAUUAGCGUUGGAAUAGUCACCAUUGUGAAAAUGUUUCGUUUAGUGUUGGUAGCUUGCGCGCUCGGCGUGGCCGCGGCUGGGCCUUCCAUCGUCCGCACCAGAGAGGAGAUCCAAGAGUUCAGGAGCUUCCUCGAGAGCACCAGGAACGAAGAUGGCCAGUUCACAGCCAGAACAGCCCGCAACCCCCUCGCCAACGCAGAGGAGAACAGCGGCAAGUACCAGGGAGACAUCGUCCUCGACGACUUCAUGAUCGAGAGCAUGCUUCAAGAAUUCGCGAUGGGCCGCAACGCCUACAUCUUCCCUAACACCAAGUGGCCCAACGACACCGUCGUCUGGGAGCUCGGGGAAGGCGAGUUCGGUCCCCUGCAGACCGCCGCCAUCGAAGCUGGCAUCAAGGAUAUUGAAGACAACACUUGCAUCAAGUUCCGCAAGCGCGAGCCGGAGGAUGUCAACUACGUGCGUUUAACUGGCGGGAGCGGCGGCUGCUACGCCAGUGUUGGGUACUUCGAGACCCGCGGCGUCCACACUCUGAACCUGGCUCGCAACAACCCCGGCGAGGGCUGCUUCCGCCACGCCACCAUCGUGCACGAGUUCCUGCACAUCCUCGGCUUCCUCCACAUGCAGUCCACCUACAACCGCGACGACUACGUCAGAAUCGCCACCGAGAACCUCCGUCCCGGCACUGAGCACAACUUCGACAUCUACACGUCUGAGUUGGUGAGCAACUUGGAGGUCGAGUACGACUACGUGAGUUGUCUGCACUACGGGCCCUACGGCUUCUCCAUCAACGGAGAGCCCACUAUUGUCGCUCUGAGGGAGCACGAGGGAGUGAUGGGCCAGCGCGUGUACAUCACCGACAAGGACUGGCUGCGCGUCAACCGACACUACAACUGCCCUGGCGCUUGGGACUGAACUAGGAUAAGAAUGUAGAUUUUAUGUUAAGAAAUAUAUGCAUUUAUUUAUUGUUUUUA